AUGCACGUCUCCAACUAUUCACGAAAAGUCCAGGACUACUCGUCGAUUUCUGCCCUGUGCGCUUCCCCUCUUUUGAAUCCUCUCUCAUCAGUGCUUACUUUCCAUAGCGAUGAUCGAAUUCCUGAUUAUUGGAUAGAUCAUGGUAUAUUUACAGCCGGCAACAAUAAUUUCAAUCGUAGACGGCAUCUCCAACCUGGCGACCUAAAUCCCGAGGAGUCUCCGGCAACGCAACGCACGCCGUUUCUGACAGAUGGAAGUCACAUGGGUGACGGCGGCAGGGCGCUGGAGACAGCUGGCGAGACCGCUUUAAUUCCACAAAGGUUGUUGCAAGGUCUUCUUCCACCCAUUUGUUGCACUCACGUUCAUGUUUCCAGGGCCAGCGACUACUUGAGUGGGGAUUCUUUUGAGAUAGUCGCCCCUUCCGACCCGCUUCCAUUGACUGAACGCGUUGAAGGAUAUGAUGAUACCUGGUCAGAACUGGACGCCUUUAUCCUCGCAUUACCCAAUCCACGGAUGAUGAGGUCUGAUGCGAACUUCAACGAACAGGUUCUUGAGACCAUGGCAGAGAACGUCGAGCUGACGUUGUCAACGAAUGUCACCAACCCUCUCCCCAACUCCCAAGGACGCGAUAACGUCAUGGAGUCGACUGGUACCGCGAAUUUCUCAGUAAACGACUAUCUCCAAGGCACUCCAAUAUAUCUCGACCAACUCAUCGCGAUGGAUGGGGUGACCACGCCCGUCGCCCACUUUCCGAUGGCUGGGUGGCAUCAAGGCAUCUACGGGCAACAGGCCUUUACCGCGCCUGCCACCAUGAGUCUCCAUUCGAAUGCCCAGAUGGGGGGUGGCUAUUCCCCGUACAAUCCUGUGGCUCAGGCCACGAUCGCGCCAAACAGCCAAAGCUACACUGGAGCAUGGAUGCCUGUGUAUGGGACGAAGCAGCCCCUCACCCAAGCUCCCUUUAAGGGGGCCUUUCCAGUUGAUGAGCAGCAAUCCCGUAAAUCGCCUGCUACCAUGAGCACUCAAGCCCCGCACCGUGAGAAACAACACAACCUAGGCGGACCUUUGUCGGCUUCACAUCGUACUCUGAUAUCAGGCGAGUCCGAGUUCUAUUGCCAAUGGGGGGACUGCUCCGAAGGUCCCAUGGCUGAAACAAAGAUCUUCGAACAUUUCCGAGGUCAUGGGGAAAAAGUCAAGGAGAAUGGCCGAGUCAAGGAGUGCAAGUGGGCAGGCUGCGAUCCUAAGCCAGGCGCGUUCCCAAUGACAUCCGACGGCUUCAGGCGCCACGUCAACGAAACCCAGUCGCAUGCCGGGAUUGGAGGCCUCACGAAAGUCACGUGUGAAAUGUGCGGCAUGAAGAGGUCAAAGAGGUCGAUGCCUAAUCACAAGAAGAUGUGCUCGGGAGCGUCGAAAGAGCCUGAGGGUAAAGGAAAGAAGAGGCAGGAUUGA